CGUGUACUUUCACUGACAAGAGUGCAAUUUUCUGAUCAUUCUAAUCGAGUCUGCUUUCUCUUUCCUCCUCGAUUUGUAAUAAAGCUUUUAGAAGUGUGGGUUUUAAAACACUGCCAUCGUGUGGAAACACGCACUGUAUUUUUUUUUUUUUUAAAUAACAUUUUCUUCCGUUCAUCAAUAGGCUACAUUUUUAUCUCAUUGGCUUUCUUUCAUCCUUCUACACUGAUAAUCUCGACGCCCCUCUAGUGUUCUCCUCUGCUUCUAGUCUGUGGCUUGUGCAGUCAUGGAGACGCGCUCUUAAGUCCUCGUGCGCAGCCAUUUUUCAGCUGGUGUAACUUUGGAAGUAUUUGAUUGCAAACGCUGGAUCUGCAAGGAGCGGUUUCAAAGUGUAUGCCAUGUGUCUUGAGGAGAUAUCCCGCACAACUACAUCUGGAGUGACCCUGUUGCUCUGUGCUUUCGCUCUGCUCUUGCUGGCUCUCCGUGGUCGACGGAGAAGACCAGGCUGCUCCUUUCCCCCAGGUCCCAGACCUUGGCCGUUAGUGGGCAACCUUUUCCAGAUAGGGGAACAAAUCCAUUUGUCAUUAACAAACCUGAGGGUUCAGUAUGGAGAUGUGUUCCAGAUGCAAAUGGGUUCUCUUGUGGUAGUUGUUUUGAGCGGCUAUUCUACAAUCAAGGAGGCUCUGGUACGGCAAGGAGAGGCAUUUGCUGGACGUCCUGACCUUUUUACAUUCUCUGCAGUUGCUAAUGGCACCAGUAUGACAUUUAGUGAGAAGUAUGGCGAAGCUUGGGUGCUUCACAAAAAGAUCUGCAGAAAUGCCCUGAGGACCUUCUCCCAAGCUGAGCCCAGAGACUCAAACGCCUCUUGUCUUUUGGAGGAACGUAUCUGCACAGAGGCCAUGGAGAUGGUGGAGGCUCUGAAGGAACAAGGAGAUAAGGUUGGAGAUUCAGGGCUCGACCCAGUUAAGUUGCUAGUGACCUCAGUUGCCAAUGUGGUUUGCACUCUGUGUUUUGGCAAGCGGUAUGCCCAUAACGAUAAAGAGUUCCUCACCAUCGUCCACAUCAAUAAUGAAGUGCUGCGCCUCUUUGCUGCAGGGAAUCUGGCAGAUUUUUUUCCUAUCUUCCGUUACCUGCCCAGUCAGUCUCUGCGAAAGAUGGUCCAGUACAUUGGCAGAAUGAACAGCUUCAUGGAGCGCAACAUCAGGGAACAUCUCAUCUCCUUUGAUAGGAACUGUAUCCGGGACAUCACUGAUGCUCUAAUAGCAAUGUGUGAGGACAGGCAGGAGGACGAGGAAACGGCCAUGCUCAGCAACUCACAGAUUGUCCACAGUGUCAUUGACAUCUUCGGAGCCGGUUUUGACACUAUCAUCACCGGUUUGCAGUGGAGCCUUUUAUACCUGAUCAAGUUUCCAGACAUCCAGGCUAAAAUCCUCCAGGAGAUAGAUAACCACGUUGGCAUGAACAGGUUUCCACAGUUUAAAGACAAGCCAAACAUGCCGUACACAGAAGCUUUUAUAUUUGAAGUGUUUCGUCAUGCGUCCUACAUGCCUUUCACUAUACCUCACUGCACAACUGAAAAUAUUACACUGAAUGGAUACUUCAUCCCCAAAGACACAUGUGUGUUCAUCAACCAAUAUCAAGUCAAUCAUGACAUGGAUAUUUGGGGUGAUCCUGAGGCUUUCCGACCCGAACGAUUCCUCACCCUGUCCGGCCAUCUAAAUAAAAAUGUCACUGAGAAGGUAAUGAUAUUUGGCAUGGGAAUACGGCGUUGUCUCGGUGACAGCUUUGCCCGUCUGGAGAUGUUUGUGUUCUUAACCACCCUGCUGCACCGUCUGCACAUUGAGAAUAUUCCAGGGCAGGAGCUUGACCUGAGCUCUACAUUUGGCCUCACCAUGAAGCCCAGGCCCUUCCGAAUAAAAAUCUCACCUCGUAACUAAACUAUUAUGCUCUCAGUGUUCCAGAUGUUAUGUUUUAUGCACACCAAAUGGACGUACAAUGCACCUCAGAAUCAUUGCUGGAGUCACAGCACAAAGCUAAUGCUGGCCAUCACUGGACUGCUAAGCUAAUUCGUCACUAACUAUCAUGUGGUCUUUUCUCUACCUCUGUUUUAAAUGUUUUAGUAGAGUAUUCAGCUCAACUGUUACUUGAAUGAUUACUUUUGUACUCUGAGAUUAUCAGUAUUUGUGAUUAAUGCAUGAAGUUUUAAGCUUGUAAGUGGUCUGGUUACUGUUUUUUGCAGAUAUCUGAAACAUUAAAGAUAACCACAAGGUGUAUUUCAGUGGCAUUGAAGGUUUGAACAGAUCUGUUUGUUGAAAAUGUGCUUUGUGUUAUAUAAAUUGAACCAGUGAGAGAGAAUCAGAAUUUAUUUUACUGAUGAUUUUGCAUUAAUGAACAAAUAUUGUUAAUAAUUAAUAAAAUGUAAUCAAGGUUAAUAUAAUAUAUUGACUAUACAAAAUUAUAUAUUUAUAAUACUUUAAAGUUGUCAAGUCUCUAUCAAAUCACUAAACUAUGUUAACCAUCACAGAACUCAAUAGAAUAAAGGACAGUUAAAACCCCUAAAAUGUGCAUUUGCUGCUUUUUUUUUCUUUUUUUUUUCAAAGUUUGUGAAGAGAGAUGACUAAUUCAGAUCCGUUUGUGUCUCAGAAUAUAGCAUGAGCUUGUAUUAAUGUACGCUACUGUUCAAAAGUUUGGGGACAGUAAGUUGUUUUGUUUUUUUUUUCAUUUUUUAGCAAGGAUGUAUUAAAUUAAGACUUUUACAUUGUUACAAAAAACUAUUAUAAAUAAAUGCUGUUCUUUUGAACUUUCUAUUCAUCAAAGAAUCCUGAAAGAAUAUAUUUUUUUAACACUGAUAAUAAGAAAUGUGACUUGAGCAUCAAAUCAGCAUAUUAGAAUGAUUUCUGAAGGAUCAUGUGACACUGAAGACUAAAGUAAUGAUGCUGAAAAUUCAGCUUUGCCAUCACAAGAAUAAAUUACAUUUUAAAAUAUACACUCACUGGCCACUU